AUGGACAAUUUUGAGCGGCUACGUCCAGCCGGGUCCUUGGAGAAAUACUUCGUCGCGCGCAAUCAACUCGGACUCUACUCCAUCGUAGCAGUAUCGGCAACCUAUAUCCUGCCUGACACUUUUACACUACCACUUGAGAGCUAUGUAUAUAAAGCAUGUGAAACUUUGAUCAGCGAGCAUCCUUCCCUAUCCGCGAUUCCAGUCCAAGGCAGUGACGAUACUACGUGGUUUAUGCGCCUUCCAGAAAUCGACCUAAGGCAGACAGUAUCGAUUCAGAAGCGCAUCCGCGACUUUCCCGAGGAAGACGAGCCUGACAACGAGCUAUGUGAAUUGCUGCAAGUUCAACAGAGAACUGGCUUUGUGGCACCUCUGCCAUAUUGGAGACUGUUCGUUUUAACGGAUCUUGAUGAAUCGAACGAGCAGCGCUUCACCGCAGUCUAUGUGUUCAGCCACGCAAUUGGGGACGGAAUAUCAGGGAAAGCCUUCCAUGAGACGUUUUUGGAAGCAAUGCAUGAUGUAGGAGCUUCCUUAGCCAGGGGCGAGGCUCCUGAAAAGGUGAUUCCCUCACCCAAGGUUCCUCUGCUGCCUAAACUGGAAGCACUUCAUCCGUGUUCUUCAAAUGUCACUUUCCUUCUUCAUGGUCUUUUCAGGGCCAGAAUCUGGCCAUAUAAUGAUCCAUCUCUUUGGACGGGUCCGAAAGUAUUUGUUCCCAUAAAGACUCGAAUACGUCAAAUUAUCUUUCCAGCGGCUAUAUCUGCAGCUUUCAGGAAGAACUGUCGUGAGAGAAAGACUACUAUUACCUCGGCUCUACAUGCAGCUGUCGCACAUGCUUUAUUCAACUGUUUACCCAACAAUUACACGAAACUACAAGCAACCGGUGCUAUGUCGGCUCGACGAUGGCUGAACAAAGGCGGGGGAAUUACAGACCGAUCAAUGGGGAACUGGGUAAUGGAUUACAAGGAAAGAUUUUUUCGAGACCAGAUGAAUCAGUAUCCUCCAGGAGCUUUUCCAUGGAAUGAAGCAAGGAAGUCCCGUGAAACAACAGAGCAAAUACUCGGUCAAGAAGGCAAGAAUACUAGUGUGGCCUUGCUCAAAUACGCGGGUAACAUCCAUGAUGUUCUAAAGGGGAAAAUAGGCAAGGACCGAAGUGCAAGUUAUAAAGUAUCGAAUUUGGGAAUAUUGAAAUUUGGUAGGCGAGAUCCAUCACGGCCGCAGAUAACACGGGUGAUGUUCUCUCAGCCACUCGAUGUUUUGGGUGGGGCUCUAGCGGUAUCUUUAGUCUCAGGUGAAGAUGGCGCUUUGGUUUUGGGAAUGACAUGGCAAGAAGGCAUUGAGAAUAUGGAGUUCUUUGAAGCCGUUAUCGACACGGUUGUUAAGGAUGUGCACAAUGCUGCUAAGUGA